AUGUCACCGCUCGUCCAACAGCAUGGCAAUGCGGCAGUCGUUCAAGAGCAGCAGGCUGGCCUGCUCUUGAACUUCGCAGCUGGCAAUGAAGCAGCAGUAACUGAGGACGGUGUGAUGCAGUCAUCAAUUACGGGAGAGGCUCAAGAGGAAGUAAUGGCGAAUGAGCCGUGGCAGGACGAUAUGAUGUGGCAGCUCUUCCAGGCUCAACCUAGCCUGGAUUGGUUCAAUUCGGAUAUCUUGGACCCGGCGUCUUGGGAUCUGAAUCUACCGAGUUGA